UAAAUCAUUUCUUGUUCCAUACUUCCAAUUAAAUGUAAUUAGUAGAGUUUUUAAAAUAUUUAAUGGAUACUAAAUGUGUUCAAUUUUAGUAAAAUUAAAGAAUCAACACAACUCAAAUUAUAUUAAGUGGCUACUUCAUACCUACCAUCUCAAGGAAUCAUUUUUGUCAUUUUCCUAUCUUUGUCAAAAGGACCAAAAAAAAAAAACAGUAGUUUAGUUCAAAGCCAAAACCAAAAUAAGAAUUAGAGGUUUUUUGAAUUAACUUAUUUUAAAUGCUUUUUAUUUUUUAUUUUUUGUUUGAGAAAAAUAAAAAAUAUUUUAAGCAUUUACUUUUUAAGUUAAAAAAAUAAAAAUAAGCCAAAAAUCAAAAGUUGAAUAUUUCCUGUGAGUCCAUCCAAACACCCUUUUGAAUAAGUCUCUGCCUGUAAAGUAUGUAACUACUAUAAAUUAAAGGCGCGAUUGAAUUAGUAAACCACAAAUUAUCAGAUUUAUCAUCAAUUCACAUUUCCAACAGUAGUUGUUGGCAGACGAAGAUCGCUGGCAUUGUGUUUGAUAGAUUUUCAACAAAUUAAAAAUGGGUGUAGAUGAUGUACCACUGGACGAUAAAGCAAAGAGAAUGAGAGAUCUGUUAUCAAGUUUCUAUUCUCCUGAUCCUACUUCUCCUUCAAGAACUCCCAAUAAUAAUACUACUUCUUCAAGAUUCGCUACAUUGGAUACCAUCAACACCACUACAUUUGAUGCUGAUCAAUACAUGAACCUUCUUGUGCAGAAGUCCAAUUUGGAAGGUCUGCUUCAGAGGCAUGUUGAUAUGGCUGCUGAGAUAAAGAAUCUGGAUACUGACUUGCAGAUGUUGGUAUAUGAAAAUUACAACAAGUUUGUAAGUGCCACAGAUGCUAUAAAAAGGAUGAAGAACAAUAUUGUCAGCAUGGAAACAAACAUGGAACAGCUUCUUGAAAAGAUAAUGUCCGUCCAAUCUAGAAGUGAUGGGGUUAAUACUUCUCUUUUUGAGAAGAGAGAGCACAUUGAGAAAUUGCAUCGGACCCGCAAUCUUCUACGGAAAGUUCAGUUCAUAUACGAUCUACCUGCUCGGUUAGCAAAGUGCAUCAAGUCAGAAGCCUAUGCUGAUGCAGUAAAAUACUAUAUAGGAGCCAUGCCCAUUUUCAAGAUAUAUGGGGACUCUUCAUUCCAGGACUGCAAACGAGCUUCAGAGGAAGCAGUUGCUACGAUUAUCAAAGCCUUGCAGGGCAAGGUAUUCUCAGAUUCGGAAUCCAUACAAGCCAGGGCAGAGGCUGUUAUGCUCCUUAAGCAAUUAGAUUUUCCGGUUAAUAAUUUGAAGGUGCAACUCUUUGAGAAGUUAGAACAGUUCCUUGUGGAUCUCCAUCUGGAAUCUAAGGAAAUAAGAUCAUCAGACCUUGGUGGGAUUCCUGUAUCGACUUCUUCUAGUGCUCAUGAGGCUUCUAUUCGUGAAUUUGCUGAGGCUGUCCGCGCUUAUCGAGUUAUUUUCCCUGAUUCCGAACAACAGCUCUUUAGACUUGCAAAAGACUUAGCUGCCAAGCGCUUUGAAGCCACAAAACAGCAGAUCAAGAAGCAGCUCUCUUCAGCAGACCUUGUUGCGAUGCUGCGAGUAAUUUGGACCGAUGUGCUUCUGAUGGAUGAAGUGCUGCCAGAGGCCGGAAUACGUGAUUUUACGUUUGAGGCUGCUCACGAUGCUAUCAAACAAUAUGUUGCUGGAAGAUUCAGUCAUCUUCUGCUAGAUAUUUCAGGUUUUAGGUUUACGAGAUACAACGGAAUAUCUAAGAAGGAUGUGAAAAACACAAAAAGUACUCUUGUAAAAGUCCAUGAUAAUCAAAAGGGUAUAAUUGAAGAAGAGUGUCCUUUGCAGGCUGCCCUAGAGACCAGCAAAAAGGCAUUAGUUCAAGGCAGCAUGGACGCCUUGCUGGAUACCCGUCGACUUCUUGAUGAAAACUUGGAAGUGCUAUCAACGUUGACAGACUUGAUCAUUGAGUGGGUACGAGAAGGAUUUCAGGACUUCUUCAGGAAGCUGAAUGAUCAAUUUCUCGUGCUUUCGGGCAAGAAAUAUUCAGCUAAUCAGGAUUUAACUUUUGGGGAGGGAAUGCAGGGUGAUAAAGUACUUCCUGAUCUUGUUCUUUUGCUGGCUCAGCUCUCCGUUUUCAUUGAGCAAAAUGCCAUUACCAGAAUUACCGAGGAAAUAUCUUCUUUUUCUCGUGGUGGGACUCGGGGCUUUGAAAAUAGUCCAGCUUUUAUUCCUGCAGAAAUUUGUCGUAUUUUUCGAUCAGCUGGUGAAGAACUCUUGCAGCAUUAUAUAAGCUUGAAAACUCAGAAGAUCUUGAUUGUGCUGAAGAAGAGAUUUACAACCCCCAAUUGGGUUAGGCAUAAAGAGCCCAGAGAAGUUCAUAUGUUCGUUGAUCUGCUUCUCCAAGAGCUGGAUACAAUCCUUAAUGAAGUAAAGCAAAUAUUGCCUGAAGGGCUCCACCCUAAGCAUCGGCGCACAGACAGCAAUGGGAGUACCAAUUCUUCUCGUAGUAAUCCAUUGAGAGAUGAUAGACUGGUACGAUCAAAUACCCAAAAGGCUAGGAGUCAGCUUCUUGAGUCUCAUUUAGCAAAAUUGUUUAAGCAGAAGAUGGAAAUUUUUACUAAAGUUGAACACACACAGGAAUCAGUUAUAACUAUGAUUAUAAAACUUUUCUUGAAGAGUUUACAAGAAUUUGUCCGACUUCAGACUUUUAACCGGAGUGGAUUUCAACAAAUUCAGUUGGACAUUCAUUUUCUUAAGACCUCUCUUAAGGAUACUGCUGAAGAUGAAGCUGCUGUUGAUUUUUUGCUGGAUGAGGUGAUUGUUGCUGCUGCUGAACGUUGUCUUGAUCCCAUUCCUCUGGAACCGGCAAUCUUGGACAGGCUUACCCAAGCAAAGUUGGCUAAGAAUUCGGAAUAGAGCUCUACUUCAUAAUAAUCUGGGAGACUGGGAGCUCAAGUGCAUCUUGCUGCUGCAACCCCUGAGCUUGCAAUAAUCAGAAAGCAUAACACUCGAUGCAACUUUUUUUGAUAGGUAAAGCAUAACGCUCAAUACUAGGUAUAUGUUAGAAUAAAAACCUUGCUUUAAAGCCUUUCUAGGCAGAGACAAACUCAAAGAUUUAGAGUCAACGAGUUCAAAAUGGGUGUGAUCUGUUAGAUAUUCACAUUUCUAAUUCAUUUUUACAUAUGUCUAAGUGAUUCGAGCUGAAAAUAGUGGAUUCACUCGAACCCUGCUAAAUCCGGUCUAAAUAAGCAUGCAACAUGCACAUACAUCUCUUUGAUAGAAUAGAGGCAUUGCCAGUUUGCCAAUCAGUUCUCCUGGUUUUGAAACAAAUCACAUUGCAGCUUAGUUCAUGCAUCGCUGGAUUGUUGAGGAGCCAGCCAUUAACGUGGUUGCAGGAUUUUCCAAAUGAAAGAAGGGGUAGAGUGGAUAUUGUAAUUUGUAUUCAUUUUAUUUACCUCAAAUCAAUGGCUCAUUUGUUUAUUUUUUUAUUGCCUAAGUCCCAAAUCAACUGCUAAAUUGACUUUCAUUCAUUCAUUGUCAACUUUACCAAUUUUGAUCAUCAAA